UCUUUCUUGGCUCCUAUAUAAUUAAAGUGGUAGUAGUAAACCAGUAAUUUGAUCUUGCAAUUUGAAGUUUGAAGCGAGAGAAGAAAAUGGGGAAUGAGUACCAUGAAGCAACCGAUGGACUUGUGAAACUAUUCAGAAAAGCAGAUCACGAUCUUGAUAUUGUUCAUCACCGUCUUCAAACCGAGUUUCAACAACUUUACCCAGACAACGCAAACCCUAUGAAGCUUGUUUCUAGGAUAAAAAAGGUACAAGAAGAAAUUUCAAUUUUGAAAGGACAGUGUCAUGAGCUUCUUGCUGCUAAGCAGGAUUUGAUUGAUAAAGCUCAGACAGUUCUUGUUGAGAAUAGAAAUUUAGUGCAGCGUAUGCAAUCAUCUGUUGGCAUCCCGUUUACUGGUGAAGAUGAUGAUGCAUUCACUAACUUCAAUCAGGUGAUUGAUGAAUGGACAGAUCAAAUAAGAUCAAAAACAGGAAAUGAAACCCACGAUUCUGAUUCUGGAGAUCUCAACAAACUGCUCUUCUCAGCUAUAGUUCAAAGUAAUUGAACUGUUUUCCCAGACACCCCAAGAUUCAUGUAUGUUGCAGUGUAAGUCUAGUUUCCAGGGUUUUCAUAAAUAUAUAAUGUAGACUUGUAAUGCAGUUUACCUCCUAUUUGUUAUUCUUCUUAUAAGAUGUAGCGAGUGUUUGGAUCUGCGUUGGAAAAAUAAACAAACGCACAAUACUAGUGAAGCAGAAUCUUGUAUGAAGCUACAUGUUGUAGCUUUCACGGUGAAAAACAUCUGGAUGUCAUUCCAAACACUUUUUGCUUCUACUAUAGAAGGGAUAGCAGAAAACAAAUUUGAUUUUACUCUAAUGUAAAGACAUGGAAUUGUGUGUACAAAAACUAUAUGGUAGGAGCGAAAAUAUUGUCAACCAUCGUAGUGAGCGAGACAGAACAUCCACAAUCUGUUAAGUUGGGAUUUUAUUUUUCAAACAAAAGAACUGGUUGGAAAGUUAA